AUGUCGACGGUUGAAGUCGGAAGCACGCGGCUUGGCGGCGGAAACAAGAAGCAACUCAUUCUCAAUGCCUUCGCCAUGAAUACGCCUGGCCAUCUUUCUCCGGGGCUUUGGCGACAUCCCCGAAACAAAACAUACAACUAUAAGAAGUUGGAUUUCUGGACAGACCUUGCAAAACUCCUCGAUGACGCUGGUUUUCAUGCUCUGUUUCUUGCUGAUGUCCUCGGCGCUUAUGACGUCUACAAAGGUCCAGCCAAUGCAGGUCCUGCUCUAGAAUCUGGCGCCCAGUUUCCUGUCAACGACCCGCUGUACCUGGUUCCCGCUCUGGCCGCGGUGACGAAGAACCUUGCCUUUGGAAUCACUGCCAGCACGACUUAUGAGCCACCGUAUUCUCUAGCCAGGCGGUUUUCGACCGUGGAUCAUCUGAGCAACGGGCGUGUGGCUUGGAACAUCGUGACCUCUUACCUCGACAGUGCCGCACGGAAUUUCGGUCUGUCCCAGCAGGUUGAACACGAUGCGCGGUACGACUUGGCCGAGGAGUACAUGGAAGUCCUGUACAAGCUGUGGGAGGGAAGUUGGCGUGGGGAUGCCGUUGUGGCAGAUAUGGAGACUGGUGUCUACGCGCUAGGCGACCGAGUUCGACAGAUCAACCACCAGGGCAAGCAUUUCAAUGUCCCAGGUCCUCACAUUUGCGAACCCUCUCCGCAGCGCACCCCCUUCCUUUUCCAAGCUGGGACGUCCAAGAGUGGGCGGGCAUUCGGCGCUAAGCACGCAGAAGUGAUAUUCGCUGGAGCGCAACUGCCAGAGAAACUCAAACCGUCGGUUGCAGCCAUUCGUCAGCUGGCUCGCGAGGCAGGUCGAGAUCCAUAUCAUGUUAAAAUUAUUGCCAGCAUGUGUGUGAUCGUGGCCGAGACGGAUGAGGCUGCCAAACGCCAACACGAGGAAUUCCUUUCUUAUGGCAAUCGAGAGGGAGCCCUCGCCCUAUUCGGCGGUUGGACUGGGGUGGAUCUUUCGACUUACUCGGACGACGAAGACUUCCGUUUUGUCAAGAUGCCUAUGAUCAACUCUAUCGUCAAUGGGUGGGCAGACACGGUUCCGGGCAGUGAGAAUCUAAAGUGGAACAAGGCGCGUAUCGCUGAAUACCUGUUGCUGGGAGGGAUGAAUGCGAAGAUCGUGGGGUCCCCGUCUACGGUAGCGGAUGAACUCGAACGUUGGGUGGAAGUGGCAGACGUGGAUGGGUUCAACCUGUCUCAUGUGGUGAAUCCUGGCUCUUUCGAAGACAUCAUCCAGUUUCUACUGCCCGAACUUCGAGCUAGAGGGAUUUUCCGAGCUGGGACCGAGCAGGAAGGGCUCACCGCCCGCGAGCAAUUUUUCGGCACCCCCUGGUUGUUGAGUGACCACCCUGGCAGCAAGUUCAAAUGGGACGUCGGCGACGACAUACCUCGAUAUUUGCAGUCUCAGUAG